UUUGGGACCUGUGCGCAUGCGCAGAAGACAUCUUGAGCCACUGAGCGGACGUUUAGAGUGAUAAUAUUGAUCAUCUGCAGUCACUCAGAUGCCUCCCAAAAAGGGAGUGGGGGGUAGGAAACCCCGAGCACCACCCGCAGAGGCAGAAGAAAAGAAAGUAGAGGCGGUGUCCAGGAAGAGGACGCGGGAACCAGAAAGUUGUGGAGAAGGAAGCAAACAGAUGAUCUGCACUGACAGGCAGCGAAGCAUCGUCCAUUACCUGUACCGUAGCACUCUCGGAGGGAAUGUCCGUGCAAAGUACUUACAGACGCCGUUCCUGCGCUCUCUGGCCUCCUAUAUCCUGUAUCGAACCAACAGUCCCUUCGACCGGAGAGUAACGACCCUCGAGUGGCAUCCUUCUCACCCCAAUACUGUUGCCGUGGGCUCCAAAGGUGGGGAUAUUAUCCUGUGGGAUUAUGAGGAACUCAACAACACCUUUAUUCCAGGAAUUGGAGCCGGCGGGUGUAUCACAGGGAUGAAAUUUGACCCAUUCAACUCCAGUCAGCUCUACACAUCGUCUGUAGCUGGAAGCACUAUCCUGCAGGACCUAAACGGGCGGAUGAUACAGAUGUUCACCAACACAGAGGACUGGGCAAUGUGGUACUGCAGCUUGGACGUGUCUGCUAGGCAGCGGUGCGUGGUAACCGGUGAUAACGUGGGCAACGUGGUCCUGCUGGAGACAUGCGGAAAGGAGAUCUGGAAGCUGAGGCUACACAAGAAGAAAGUAACACAUGUGGAAUUUAACCCCCGCUGUGACUGGCUGUUGGCCACCGCUUCUGUGGACCAAACCGUAAAGCUCUGGGAUUUGAGGAACAUUAAAGACAAGUCCAGCUGUCUGCACACCCUACCGCACGUGCGCGGCGUCAACUCCGCUUAUUUCAGUCCUUGGGAUGGGGCGAAGCUUCUCACGACCGACCAGCAUAGUGAGAUUAGAGUUUAUUCUGCGUGUGACUGGUCCAAACCCCAGCACGUGAUUGCACACCCUCACCGUCAGUUCCAGCAUUUGACUGCCAUAAAGGCUACGUGGCACCCGCGUUAUGACUUGAUCGUUGCUGGCCGUUACCCGGACCCUCUUUUCCCGGGCUACACUUCGCAUGAGCUGCGCACGGUCGAUGUAUUCGACGGGCAGAACGGAAAUAUCGUUUGUCAGCUUUAUGAUCCGUACGCAUCGGGCAUAGUGUCGCUCAACAAGUUUAACCCCAUGGGAGACCUGCUGGCAUCUGGCAUGGGUUUUAACAUCUUGAUUUGGAGCCGGGAGAUUUUGCUCAUGAUGAAGCAGGAGGAGAUGAUGAAGGCUCUGCAAGACAAGGGGAUUUCAGUAGGAAAAAAGGAGCCAAACGCUCAGACGCCGCAUCUUAACCCCCACAGAGACAAGCCAGAGAGCAAACUACCGGUCUCGGAGCCAAGCAAAGUUAGGACUGCCACAAAGAGAGAAACCAAAACACAAAGGGACAAAAGCAAAAAACUGGACAAAUAACCUUCUUCCUCCAACAUUUAUAUCUGGAUUUUUCUAGCAAACCCUGGCUGCUGUGCAUAAACUCUGAGUGCCUUAUUGCACUGGUCCAAUGCAGCAGAGCUCAACAUUCCAUCAUGGCGCACCUUUCAUUAUUUUGGAUGUUUUUGACAAAGAAAAAAUAAAUUCAGUACGUUCGAGUAUCAUGGUAACCCCGUUACACAUCAGGUCUGCUAAAUCAAGAAUUGUUGAAUGGCUCCAAGCGCUGGAUUAUUAGAAAGAGUUCCUGCAAGAAGCUAAUAAUUUUUUUUCAUUUCAAGUCUUAUGUGCUAAAGCUACAAGAGAAUCUGUCUGUAGAACAUUAUUUUAUACACACAUCAUAUUGUGCAAUUUUUUUCUUCACGGAUACUGAAAAACUAGAACGCUGCCUCGUUUUCCUCCUCCCUGGUUCUACCGACCGGUCAGUGGCAAGAAUAGUCAUACAACAGAAUAAUAUAAUAAAAAAAAAAAGUUAGGAAUAUAAUAUAACAUGCACAAAAAAAGAAAAC